GAGCGCUCGUGGAGGUGAUCGGCAGGGCCAACGAGGCGGAUGGAGGAGCGCCAGAGCGACGCGUCCGCGUUUCUACCGCCCUCGCCCCGGAGGACGAGCAGCGGCGACGGGCCGUGAGGAGGCGAUGAGCCCCGGCCGUCUGUGCUGAGGCGGCCGGCGGAGGAGCCAGCCGCGCGUGUUCGGGCCGAGAUGACAGCGGAAGCGGGCCCGUGGGAACGAUGAAGCGGACCGGAGCCCAACUCCUCUUCGUCACAUGGCUGUGCGUCCGCUGGGCUCCGCUGUGCGUCGCAGCAUGCAGUGGAGAGGUAGAGGUUCACACAGAGAGGAGGGGGGUGAUCUACAGUCCCUCUUGGCCUCUGAACUACCCCUCUGGGAUCAACUGCAGCUGGGACAUACAGGGAGGACAGGGAGAGGUAAUCACCAUCAGUUUUCGAAACUUUGAUCUUGAGGAGUCUUCUGGUUGUUUGGGGGAUUGGCUCCUGCUGGGUCCCUCUUGGAAGGAGUACCGGGUGUGUGGCUCUGUGGUGCCGCCUCCCUUCAUCUCCACCAGGGGGCGUGUCUGGAUCCAUUUCCACUCCAAGGCCAACAGUUCAGGCCAGGCCCAGGGCUUCCGUCUCUCCUACAUCCGAGGUCACCUUGGGCAGAGCAGCUGUCAGCCUGAUGAGUUCCUGUGUGGCAGUGGGAAGUGUCUCCCUCGGGUCUGGAGGUGUAACGGCCUUGAUGAAUGUGGCGACGCAACUGACGAACGUCACUGCGCCCCUGCCCCCACUGUACCCCUACCAGGGCCGUGUCCCCCCAGAUCCUUGCCGUGCACCCAGGCGCAGUCCACGCGCUGCGUGCCCCCCAGCCUGCGCUGCGAUGGUACCCCGGACUGUCCUGAUGGGACUGACGAGCUGGGAUGUCCCGACACCGCCUGUGGAAAACGCCUCGGCAACUUCUACGGCUCCUUCGCCUCGCCCGACUUCUUCCGAGCCAAUCGCAGCAUGGGGGCAGAGCUACGUUGUUCCUGGUUGCUGGACACUCAGGACCCCAAGCCCAUUGUUCUCCAGUUGGACCUGCAGUUGGGUCCUGGGGACUCACUGCAUGUCUACGAUGGGUUGGUCCAGGAGGCACAGCGCCUCCUACAGGCGCUUUCCCAUCAUAACAACCAGCGGCCGGCGCUGCUGGAGUCCAGCAGGGGCCAGAUGAGUGUGUUGUACCUGGCACAACCGCACAGCCCAGGGCACGGCUUCAAUGCGACAUACCAGGUCAAAGGUUACUGUUUUCCCGGGGAGCGGCCUUGUGGUGGGGGUCAGGGUUGUUACUCCGACCGUCAGCGCUGUGACGGCUACUGGCACUGUCCAUCUGGCCGCGAUGAGGAGCGCUGCCCGGCAUGCCGGGAGGGCGAGUACCCCUGCCAGGGGGGCGGGGGGGUCUGUUACCCCGCCUCGGAGCGCUGCAACAACCAGAAGCGGUGCGCGGACGGGUCAGACGAGAAGAACUGCUAUGACUGCCAGCCUGGAAACUUCCAUUGUGACACCAACCUGUGUAUCUUUGAGACGUGGCGCUGUGACGGGCAGGAGGACUGCCUGGAUGGCAGCGAUGAGAGGGACUGCCUUGCCGCUGUGCCCCGCAAAGUGAUCACCGCCGCCCUGAUCGGUAGCCUGGUCUGCAGCCUCCUGCUGGUCAUCGCCCUGGGCUGUGCCUUCAAACUGUAUGCUCUCAGGAGCAGGGAGUACAGAGCCUUUGAGACACAGAUGACUCGCCUGGAGGCGGAGUUUGUACAGAGAGAGGCUCCUCCCUCCUACGGUCAGCUGAUCGCCCAGGGCCUCAUCCCCCCAGUGGAGGACUUUCCUGUUUACAACCCUGCCCAGGUUUCUGUGUUGCAGAACCUUCGCACAGCCAUGAGAAGGCAGAUAAGACGUCACUCGUCUCGGCGUUCUUCUUCCCGGCGCCGUCUUGCCCGUCUGUGGAGUCGCCUGUUCCAGCGUGGCAGCCGUGCCCCCGGCCACAUCCCCCUGCUCUCCCCGCUGGGUCUCCACACUUACCACACAGGGGAGGCUCAGGGGCUGGGGGGUGGGGCUGAGAUGGGAAGAGGUGCUAUGCUGCAGGAGCACCGGACCCUCCCCACCUCACCUCUCUCCCCGCUGUCAGCCUCAGAAAGUCAAGAAGCGCAGUCAUCCAGUUCACCAGACAGCCAACCUCCCACGCCUGCUCAGACCCCACCCACGCCUAGUCAAACAUCUCCCAUUUCUUCUCAGACUCUGCCCACACCUACUCACACAUCACCUACACCUGCUCAGACAUCACCUACACCUGCUCAGACGCCGCCCAGUCAGACUGACUCCUCAGAGUCCGGUGGAGUCCAGGUACAGUGCCGGCGCCGGGUGUCUAGGAGGCUGUUUCUGGGCCUGGCUGUCAACCUGAGAGGAGUGGCCCUCCGGCGCUAUUCCCCUCUAGGGCCCGUUUCCCCCCUCACGCCCCCUGCAGACAGCCCUGGUACAUGGUCCCCCCAACUCCAGGGACCAGAAGGGAGGUCACCCCAAGACUCUCCCUUCCCUGGGGGGAUCGAGGACGGAGAGGACUACCCCGCCCUGGAGGCACUGCAUGAGGGGAGGUGAAUUCUGUGGUUUGGACAGUGGUGGGGCUCUUCAAUGCAGUGGUUGUCAAUCAGGUCCUCAGGUACCACCAGUACUACUCGCUUUCUGUUCUAUCAGGUAUUUCAGUACAAUGACCUGGCAGAAUAGAAAACCAGCAGUACUGCUGGUACCUGAGGACCACUCCUGUAAUGACUCUAGCUCUGCUUAACACACAGACUCCAGACAUAUCAAACAUGUUGGGUAUAACUCCGCCUGGAGAAGUUGUACAUUCUACACUGGCUUUCUAUUUUUCAUACACACACCACCUGCUGGUUAUGGUUAGGUACAGCAGGCCAGAGGGAGCCACUCACAAACCUCCAGCGGUGUGCACAGAAUUAUUUUGAAUAAAUUACCAGUAUGAUUCAGACAGAGUAGCCUGUAAUACUAUUAAUGAUUUACCUGCGUAUCAGAUAGAAAGGUGAUUUUUUUUUUUUAUUGAAAAUCUGAAUGUAAACUGGUG